AAAGAUCGCUACCGAGUAAAGUUUGAAUAGCACUGUUUGUAUAUGUUUCACUUUAAAUUCAAUACAUAUCUUAUAGAUUACCAGUAUAAACGAACCUUAUUAUUCUUGGCUCGCUUGCUCGUUUUCUAGUGUUUUAAAAAAAAUUCACGAGGAACCUUGGAUUUUUACCUGAGGGGUCGAUUUUCAUGAUCUGAUUUUUUUUAUAUUAAGAAGGGACCAAUAUGACAAUGACUAGUAUUUCAGCGGUGAUUAAGACAAAUGUUCCCCGACAAUCUAUAAGGAAGGAUUUCUUGAGUAAAUUGACGGAGUAUCUUUGUGAGACCUAUAACACAGAAUCAAAGAGAAUUAUAGUAGAAAUCCACCCGGAUACCCCCAUGAUGAGAGGCGGCCUAUCAGCUCCCAUGAUGAACAUUGAAUUUUAUCACAACUCUGACGUCAUCUCACAAACAACGAAAGCGAAACAUGCCACAGGAAUGGCCAAGUUUAUGGGAGAAGAGCUCCGAAUUCCAAUAGACAGAGUUCUCAUUUUAUUCUUUGACACACGGAAAUGCACUUGAAGGAUGAUUUAUUUAAUUUACUAUGCGGUGGACCAAUGAACUUCAACAUGGACAACUUUUGUAAAUUAAACGUGCUAUUAACCAUUGAAUUGACACAUGUACCUGUACAAAUAUAUUUUACAUUG